GUUUUCAGUUUUCUAAAUCACAUAUUACAAUAGAUUUCACGGUAAUUAAAAUGAAUGCAUAUGUUUAAAUAACAAGGAUGAAGACUUUUUUGAAGAUUCUCGUUUUUACAAUUUUUUGUCUGGUGGCUGGAGAUUCAAAUUCCGUCUGUAAGACCUGCACUGCAGAUAUUGUAGGCGAAACAUGCCAAGUCACUUGUCCAAACCUUCCUAGAUGGACCGUGACAUGCGCUUGUAGUACAGAUACCCCUCACAUUGAUCAUCAUAGCAUUCGGAAUGCCAGUGAAAUAAAAUGUGAUUGGGACGACGUCAGCCAUUGUGGUCCCAAGGAAGUCGAGUUCAAAACAUUUGUCAUCACCUCGGGAAUUCUGGUCAUCGUUGUUCUAUUCCUACUUGGAUCAACAAUUUAUUUAUUGAUUCAAAAUUCCAGGCGAAGGGUAACAUCGACAUCAAGUCCGAGUGAAUUCACAAACAGGACCUCUAUGGAAAUGAUGGAACAGAAAAGCAAUAACAACAAAAUCGUUAUUGAUGGUUUGGAUAACCAAACUAACGAAACUGACGACAAUGCCGAACCCAGAUAUCACCCUUCACCGACAAACAUUGAACCAACUAACGCAGAGGAAAGAGGACCGUUCCCUGUUCCACGAGGAAAACAACAAAAAGGAAAAGCAAUUAAAUACAAACAACAACCGACCAGAUUCGUACAAAUAGGCCCUGAUUUCGAACCUCAAGCUAUAACACCUCCACCCCAAGCUCCAUCCCGUCGUAAACGAAAUGUAAACCCGGAAGCGUUACCGGAAACAAACAAACCAAAAUACCAAACCCUACCGCAAUUUCAAACAUCUCAAUUGGACUCAGCACUCCCUUCUUUUUCAAUCCCUUUUAAUCGGUUCCGUGGAAAGUCUGCUGGCUCGGAAGAGGGAUAUGAUAACGACCCCGUUCCUUCGCCUCCCUUGUUUCCCCCUCCUCAACUGCCCCCAGUAUUUCCACCCUAUGAUGCACCUCAACCCUUUCCUCGGAAUACAAAGCAAACAGAUUCUGACAGCGAAUCCAGCCAUUAUUACGAAGAUGCUGAUCCCGUGACUGGACUUAAACAAAAUCAGCACGAAGACGAAGAAGAAAUCUUUGACAAUUAAGGAUCGAAUUGGAAUCAUUUGAAUGUAGAAAACAGACUGUAUUUAUUCAUAAAAAAUUAAUGCCAAUUUCUUCUGUAUAAAAUUGCUAAACUAAUUUUUUUAGACAGUUUGUAUAUGCGCAUUUUUUAUCGUAAAAGUAGUGCUAGGCGAAACUUAUAAACAUAAAAUCAGUAAUACGAAUAUAGCAGAUUGCCGACAAACGUUUUUCAAUAUUUGAUUCUUCAAACUUUUUCUUAAUUAUAUUCAAAUCUUGUCCAAACAGAUUUUAAGGUCAAAAUUUUCACCCUAUGGGUAAAAUAGGGUCUAGAAUAGUCACAACCUAUUUAUCAAUGAAUUAUCGAUAAUCUAUUUUGUUAUUCAGUCUAUUGAGUUGGGGUAAUCUAAAUAAAUCCACGUAAACAUUAAUUCAAAUACCUUUUUUAAAUUCCUUCAGCAAAAUAUUCAGUUUUGGUAUAGACCAGGGGUUCCCAAGCUUUUUUCAGGACGACCCCCAAAACAACUUUCAAGUGUCUAGUGCAACCCAAGGUCAAUAUAUAUGUAUUU